ACGACGGUGUGCUUACACAAUGACAGUUUCCGUCAGUUUGACUUGCAGAUAGCAGCGACCGCGUUGAACCAGCUUUUUUUUUUCCCUCCCUUCUCCCCCCUCUGUUUCCACUUUCGGCUGAAACGACAAUUACAUCCUUUCAGAAUACCCACCAGAAUCGAUGAGUGUACUGGACGAAGGCAGGGACUUAGUUUUAUAUAACUAUAAGCUGUAUUUACCGUAGCUAAAGUCUGCCGUUUCAGUUUGAGGCCCAGCGGAGAGCUCGAGCGGCGGCUCGAAAAGUUUGUUGUUGUCACGUGACGCGAGACGAAUGUGGCGAUAAAAGUUUGUUUUGAUAGUAUUUAUAGGUGGCGUACUACAUUUUUCAAGACCUACCGAACAGCGUUUCUCACUCACAAUGCCUCAACCGAAAUACAGAAAGAUCGCCGUUUUAGGUUACCGGUCUGUAGGAAAGUCAUCCCUUACUAUACAGUUUGUGGAAGGGCAGUUUGUUGACUCCUAUGACCCCACCAUUGAAAACACCUUUAACAAAAUGGUCAGCGUGAAUGGCCAAGACUUCAAUCUUCAGCUCGUUGAUACAGCUGGACAGGAUGAGUACUCAAUUUUUCCACAGUCUCACUCAAUGGACAUCCAUGGCUAUGUCCUUGUCUAUUCAGUGACUUCCAUGAAAAGUUUUGAAGUUGUGCAGGUUCUACAUGAUAAACUUCUAGACAUGAUUGGGAAGAUUCAGGUCCCAACUGUUCUUGUAGGGAACAAAAAAGAUCUCCACAUGGAAAGGGUUAUUAAGCCAGAGGAGGGAAAAAAACUUGCUGAUUCCUGGGGUGCUGCAUUUAUGGAGUCCUCAGCCAAGGAAAAUGAGACUGCUGUGGAGGUUUUCAAGCGGAUCAUUUUGGAGAUGGAGAAAGCUGAUGGAAAUGCUCCCCCAGAGGAGAAGAAGUGCGUUGUGAUGUGAAAGUGUAUCCAAGACAUCAGUAAGCUACCUUACUGAAGACAGGAGGCACAACUUCACCAGCUUGCCAAUCGUGACCUCACCGACACCAAGACACGGCGGUGGAACUUUUCUGCUCCAUUGUGAUGUUAGAUUAAUUUUACAUAGCAAAGCAACUGCUCAGACAGUUGAUGAACUGCCACACAUCGAAGUUUCAAAGACAAGGAUUAAAUUUUAUGCAAAGCAGCA